AUGGCAUCGCAUGCGGACAAGUCAUCGGUGCGUCUGUUUCGCAGUGACACGCGUGAGAGUCACCUCCGCGGCGACGAAUAUCGCAUCUCCGUGAGCGAGAGCGGCCGCAACAGAAGUCGUCUGUCGCCUCGCAACACGUCAAUGACGCGCCACGCGCCGCCCGAGUGCCCAAGCGAGGUGACAUGGGCCUCGAAGCGUUCCUCCCGUGUCACGUGGAAACAGGCUAUGAACCGCCGCCCACCGCAGGAUUGGUCCAAUUCACGGCCCGACACGUUUCAUCGCGAUGAUCGCGUCCCGUUUAAGUUGUCGGAAGCCGACGAAAGUAGAAAAUUGGAUGUGUGUAGACUAGACGAGUGCCUUAGUGAACCCCAAUCGGCGCGUGGCGGCGUGAGGGACUCCGCGGCCCCUCUGACACGGUGGCAUCUCGAUAAACACGUACAGCGUAGCGGGAUGGCGUCAUUUCACACAGACGAAUUUCUGCAUGACCACGACACGGUGGAAGACUGGGAGUUGAUGUUGGUGUCAGAAGGAAAGCGGAGUCUGCUGGAGCAAUUCAAUGCAUCGAAGUUGCAGCACAGCCCGGAGGGAGGAGAGGAGGAAUCAAGCAGCGUCUGCCCGACGGCGACCAAAACCGCGCGUGACACUUUGCAAAGUGCCCGGAAUACGCCUCAUACCGUUGCACCCCUUAGGCGGCACGCUGUUCAACAGGAUCACGCUGCAGAAGAAGAGGAAGAAGAAGAAAUCAUUGCACGCUUUUAUGCAGACCAGCAUGCACGCCGUCAAGAGCCACAGCCACACAUGGGCACUGAUCCCACUCCAUUGCCAUCCGUACCGGAUGUAAGAUACACGCAGCCAAAUCGUCAAUAUGACGAUAAUCCACACGUAGGAAAUCAGCUAGCCAUGGCAUCAUCGUCCACAAUUCCUCAAAACAUACAUGACUCCCAUGUGAAAAAAGAGCACGCGCGCCCUAUGGAGGAUGAACCAGAAAGAACAAAUUGGGAACACGAAGGUGAGUCUACUGAAAAAAAACAAGAACCCAAACUUUCGACAUUAGAGGAAUUUCGCCAGUAUGUUAUACAACAAAAGUUACAAAGUCACAGUAAAGCUCAUACAAGAAAUGCAGGAGAAAAUGCCAAUUUAACACACAGCCCAGCCCUCACAACAAACACGGAAAAGAGAAAACAAAAUGAGAAUCUCAACGACAUAUCACAAAGUAUGGGUAACACACAUAUGCCGUUAUUAAAGUCUAACACCCUACACAACAACCACUUGAUCAGUAGCACUAAACACACACUAGGUAUAAACACAACAGAGACCAGCAACCCACAACAAGACAAAUCAUUUGCAAACGCGAGGUGGCAGGACCGUGAUGUCAUAUCGCACGCGGAGGAAGCCGAGCGCAGUGCUGUCCUGGCAGCAGCGCACAGAGGUGCGACGGCCAUUGCUGCUGCAGAGGCAUUGAGUCGGAGAGAGCAGCAGGACCGUGAUGUCAUAUCGCACGCGGAGGAAGCCGAGCGCAGUGCUGUCCUGGCAGCAGUGCACAGAGGUGUGACGGCCAUUGCUGGUGCAGAGGCCUUGAAUCGGAGAGAGCAGCAGGACCGUGAUGUCAUAUCGCACGCGGAGGAAGCCGAGCGCAGUGCUGUCCUGGCAGCAGUGCACAGAGGUGCGACGGCCAUUGCUGGUGCAGAGGCCUUGAGUCGGAGAGAGCAGCAGGACCGUGAUGUCAUAUCGCACGCGGAGGAAGCCGAGCGCAGUGCUGUCCUGGCAGCAGUGCACAGAGGUGCGACGGCCAUUGCUGGUGCAGAGGCCUUGAGUCGGAGAGAGCAGCAGGACCGUGAUGUCAUAUCGCACGCGGAGGAAGCCGAGCGCAGUGCUGUCCUGGCAGCAGUGCACAGAGGUGCGACGGCCAUUGCUGGUGCAGAGGCCUUGAGUCGGAGAGAGCAGCAGGACCGUGAUGUCAUAUCGCACGCGGAGGAAGCCGAGCGCAGUGCUGUCCUGGCAGCAGCGCACAGAGGUGCGACGGCCAUUGCUGGUGCAGAGGCCUUGAGUCGGAGAGAGCAGCAGGACCGUGAUGUCAUAUCGCACGCGGAGGAAGCCGAGCGCAGUGCUGUCCUGGCAGCAGUGCACAGAGGUGUGACGGCCAUUGCUGGUGCAGAGGCCUUGAAUCGGAGAGAGCAGCAGGACCGUGAUGUCAUAUCGCACGCGGAGGAAGCCGAGCGCAGUGCUGUCCUGGCAGCAGUGCACAGAGGUGCGACGGCCAUUGCUGGUGCAGAGGCCUUGAGUCGGAGAGAGCAGCAGGACCGUGAUGUCAUAUCGCACGCGGAGGAAGCCGAGCGCACUGCUGUCCUGGCAGCAGUGCACAGAGGUGCGACGGCCAUUGCUGGUGCAGAGGCCUUGAGUCGGAGAGAGCAGCAGGACCGUGAUGUCAUAUCGCACGCGGAGGAAGCCGAGCGCAGUGCUGUCCUGGCAGCAGCGCACAGAGGUGCGACGGCCAUUGCUGGUGCAGAGGCCUUGAGUCGGAGAGAGCAGCAGGACCGUGAUGUCAUAUCGCACGCGGAGGAAGCCGAGCGCAGUGCUGUCCUGGAAGCUGCGCACAGAGGUGCGACGGCCAUUGCUGGUGCAGAGGCCUUGAGUCGGAGAGAGCAGCAGGACCGUGAUGUCAUAUCGCACGCGGAGGAAGCCGAGCGCAGUGCUGUCCUGGCAGCAGCGCAGAGUGUUCAUUUUGUGUGGGGCGCUUGUGGUUUUUAUGGAGGUGAGAAUGUGCUUGGAUUACGCGAGAAGAGAGAUUCGAUUGCUUCGUGGCCUUUACGGGUGGGUGCGUUGGAUCCAAAGAGCGUGAAUUCUGUUGAGGCGCUCGCUGCAGUCUCUCCUAGCGGAAUGUCUUUGGAUGCCGGUUUAGGUGUAUCUGAUGAAGGCAGUGCAUGUGCAACUGCCGUGUCACGUGUAAAUGAUGCGAAGUUAGAUGGAAUUCUUCUGACUGGGGGCUGUGAAUUAACGCAGUUGAACGUGAGGAGUGGUGUUUUGUUGGCAGAGGAGACAGCAUCGUCGUUACGGGUUGAGGCUGAAGAAACCGAAGUUCAAUCUGAUAUGCUGGGUAAAGUAGCAGUGCAUCCCGCGCUACGUACUGGAGAAGUUCGCGCGACGACGAUUCCUCAUGGUGAGCCUCUAGGGGAUGACUCUGACGAUGAUAUACCGAUCCACCCCAGGUAUACCUUUUUUGGAUGCCUGCUUUCGCCGUUCGUCUGCUGUAUGAGCCGUCGGCAGACGCAAAUGUCCCGCAUUGAAGACUCUUUGUCCAAUGAGUAA